AAGAAGCACCCCAUUAUAAUAUAUCAAAUAGAUACUUUAAUUUUUUACCAAAAAAUGUCAACUGCACUGUAAGCUGAAUUAAAAAGCUAUUCUCUUCUGAAGCAUCUUUCUCUCUUUCAAGGCACCACAAUAUGCUUCUUCUAAUAUUACUGGUAUUACUGCUCUUCAGUGGAAAUAAGAACUCUGUUUUUGCUUAUCAAAAGAGCAAUGAAGUUGACUAUAGCAGUACUGAAUGUCCAGACAAAAUCGAUCAAUGCUCAUCUCUUGAGUGUGCAUUUGAGUUAUUCGAUGCCAGCUUCUUCAACAAUACACAGAUGUUGGAGACUGUGAAGAGUGCAAAGGAGUUAAACAUCCCCACAAUUAGGGCCAAUAGAAAACUUGUAGCUUCCAUUAAUGGGGGUUUGCAGUACCCUUCGGUUUUGAUCUUCAAUCCACAAUGGGGCACUACUCAACACUCACCACCAAACACCACUACAUUCAAAUACCCUUCUUCCUCUGCCUUUCAAAGGCCUUCAAAUGACGAAGAUAUUGCUUUCAUGACAAUUACUGAGUUAGGACAGCUCUUUAAGACAAAGCAAAUUACAUCUUUGGAGCUAACUGAGAUUUUCUUGAGAAGAUUGAAAAGGUACAAUGGUGUUCUUGAAGCUGUGGUGUCUUACACAGAAGAAUUGGCAUACAAACAAGCAAAAAAGGCAGAUAAUUUGCUUGCCAAAGGAGUCUAUUUAGGUCCUCUGCAUGGUAUUCCUUACGGACUAAAGGACAUAAUCUCAGUACCAAAAUACAAAACAACAUGGGGUUCAACCACUUUCAAGAAUCAAGUCCUAAACACUGAAGCUUGGGUCUACAAGAGGCUCAAGUCAGCAGGGGCAGUGCUGGUGGCCAAGCUUGUUCCGGGGUCAUUGGGCUACGAUGACAUAUGGUUUGGAGGAAGGACUAGGAACCCUUGGAAUAUUGAGGAGUUCUCCACAGGCUCAUCGGCAGGCCCCGCCGCGGCCACCUCGGCAGGCAUGGUUCCCUUCGCCAUUGGAUCAGAAACAGCCGGAUCCAUCUCCUAUCCCGCCGCGCGUUGUGGGAUUACAGCGCUACGCCCCACAUUUGGCACCACUGGCCGGACUGGCGUGAUGAGCCUUUCAGAAAGCUUGGACAAGCUAGGGCCUUUCUGCAGAGAUGCGGCAGACUGUGCUAUAGUGUUGGAUGUUAUCAGAGGAAAAGAUCCAAACGACAUGUCGUCCAGAGACAUGCCCUUUGAGGAUCCAUUCUCAGUGGACAUCACAAAGCUGAGAGUGGGAUAUCUUGAGGAUGCUGAAAUGGAGGUUGUUAAAGUGCUGGAGUCCAAGGGAGUUGAGAUGAUUCCCUUUAAGCUAAAUUACACAGUGGACAGUGUUCAAGGCAUCCUCAACUUCACCAUGGAGGUUGAUAUAUUGGCUCACUUUGAUGAGUGGCAGCGUUCUGGAUCUGAUCAAGAAUACGAAGCUCAAUACCAAUGGCCGACUGAGCUUCGUCCGGCACGCCUAAUUCCAGCUGUUGACUAUGUACAGGCACAAAGAGGGCGUGGAAGGUUGAUUAAAGAAGUGGAAGAAAGUUUGAAGAGUAUUGAUGGUUUCAUUGGAAAUGCAACUGAUUGGGAGAAAGUAUGCAUGGGGAAUCUAGUUGGGAUGCCUCUCAUUGUGGUCCCAACAGGCCUCAAACCCAUCUCCCAUUCACCUCCCAAUACUCCACGGAGAACUACCAUCACCACCGGAAUUUAUGCUCCUCCUCAAAAGGAUCACAUUGCUCUUGCACUAGCAAUGGCUUACCAGUCGGUCACUAAUCAUCACAAGCAGCGCCCACCCAUUGACGAAGAUCUGGACUCACACGUGUUGUCAUUUAGCAUUGCCUAACAUCACAUGAGAUAGCAAUUUAUGGUUGGUUGUUAAACAAAAUGUAUGAGAUCCGAUAUUAGAUUGCACCAAUAACAAUGUGUUAUUUUCUUGUGGUAUUGGACAGCAGUGGUAUCCCUUACCAAUACUCAAUGUGAUUUAUUUUCUUUUCACGGAUCACAUAAUUUAAAUGGACGACAUUCACCUAAUGUGAAACGAAGCAUUCGAAAAACUUGAGGAGAAAUUAUAGUGACAUUUGUAGCUUUAACACUUUCUAUUUAUAGAUUUAGAUGUGUUGUUUUAUACCAUAUUGUAAUAUAUAGUACUCUAUUAGAUUGUUUUAUAUAGCAUAUUUUUAAAUUGACUUGUAU